CUCCUCUCCAUCUCCUCCCAGUCCACUUGUCAGCAGCAGCGCAGAGCCGCUGCACCACUACACUGCACUGAUGCAAAGUUCACGUCCAAGCGGAAACGUACGGUGAAGACCGCAAACCGAGGAAGGUGACAGAGAGGAGAGAUGGUGAAGUUUUCUCUCUGCGAAAAAUACUGCUCCGACUUCAUUUUCAGCUGGCCUUAAGUGAACUGAAUGAAAACACAGAAGCCCCCCUACCCCGACACCAUCGGAAGACUAAGUGGAUUGGAGAAGGCAGAGAGCAAGUGAGGGAGUCAGAGAGGGAGGGAAGACAGAAGGGAUUAGCGGUUAAUCCAGUGCACGGACAAUCCUGAAGGAGCCUUAUCUUUCUUCCAGGAUGAUGCAGACAAAACAGUGGCUGGAUUACGGCGCCUUACUUUAUUGCCCUUUUCAAGAAAGCAUCACCCUCCUCCUUCGUUUGCUCUGAUAAACCUCUCAGAAGUGCUGGGGUCUUGGGUGCAGAGGGACCAGGGAACAGUGGACAAAGAAGUGGGGCGACAAGCCUGGUGACAGGAUGUCCCAUGGACAGUGUGGUGCCACACAUGGAUAAACCUCUUUAGGGGGAGACGGUGCAUGGCAGUGGACCACCCGCUCUCUCUCUCUGCUUGGAGUUUGAGGAAAACAAACGCAGAACAGCUUAGUGGAUGAGACACAUAAGAUCUUCUCCGAAGUCGGAAUCGAUUGAACACACAAGCAAAAAGGACUCACUGGCAUGGACCAAAAACUGGAGUUUAAACUUGACUGACAUGUAAUCAGAGCUCAGACACUCAAAUUCAAAUUAAAGGGAAAUCACACAACUUUUCUGCCACCAUGAGUCUGGGAAAACUGCCAGGGAUUAAGGGCCUUGUAUCUGGCUCUCAGGGGAAACGUCGUUUCAAGAGUGAACUCUCCGUGGAUAUGAUCAGUCCGCCGAUGGGUGAUUUCCGACAUACUAUGCAUGUUGGCCGUGGUGGGGAUGUGUUUGGUGACACUUCCUUCCUUAGCAAUUAUGGGGGCACCAGGGAGCCGGGAAGUCCGGACUCGGCAAACAGCUCCAAGACAACUGGAUUCUUCACACGCACCUUUCGGCAUGUGCGGAAGAACUCUGUGCCACGGCCACGAGCGGGCUCCCGUGACUUGUCAUCUCCGCCACCAGACAUUUCACCCAUCAUCAAGAAUGCCAUCUCUCUGCCCCAGCUGAACAUGGACUCCCCCAAUGGGUGCCUACAGAGGGUGCUGUUCCCCAGCUCCAUCAGCUCAACAGAUGACUCCCUCUGCACAUAUGGGCUGCAGUCUGGAUUUGUCACUCUGCCCCGCCUCUCUCGCAUUGACAGACAGUAUCAAGGUGGAGAUGUUCGGAAAGGAUCUCUGCCAGACAGUGGUGGCAUAACAUUGACACGCUCGGACUCCCUCACCUCCUUUACUCUAGAUCUUGGCCCUUCCUUAAUGACUGAGGUACUAAGCAUGUUUGACAACCCCAGCUGCCUUCAGAUGUCCAAUCACAGCCAGGCAGCAGGUGAGGAACAGGAUAAAGAGGAAGAGGAAGAAGAUGAUGACAACUCUCUGACAGAGACGCCUGUGCAAAGCCCUGCUGUGACUUCACCAAGCUCUUCCAUGGGUAGUGGAUCAUUCAACAGGAACGUGAACAACAGGGGGCGCUCUUGUAGCUCUAACUGGACAGAGCAAGAGGAAGAGAGGAGGUCCCCGAGCACACCAGAUGUGUCCACUGGGUCUCCUCAGAGAGCGGAGCCUGCAAUGGAGGCAGAAAGGUUCCAGAGGGCAGCUGACGUGCUGUCCCGUCAUUAUGGUGGAGGGUCCUUCACAAAGGGAACGAGGAUGAGCAACAGCACCACCUCUCCUGCUCUUUCCCACAACCACAAAACACCAUAUGCCUUUUCUGAGGAGGAGGAAGAAAUCAAAGUCUAGAUGUUGAAACUUUUUCUGACAGACAGCAGAAACUUCCAGCGAUGUGAGUGCUGGUGUCAUUUUAAGUCAGAGAGGCUGAACAUUGUGUGUUUCUGUUGUUUCUCAACAGAAACAUUCUUCCUCUUAUCACGUGCAUCUAUGUCAGGGUUUCUUUGAUCAACCACCUGAUCCUGGUCUGUAUUCACUUUAUACAGGACGGUUUGUGUGAUACUGAUCUUAGCCCUGGACCUUUUUUCUCUCUGCACUAUGUUUCUGCCAUGAUUUUAUACAGAUUAUUUAAACUAUUUUAAAUAUAUGAGUUACUGAUUUAGAAUCAUUAUUGUCAAAGCAAACUAUUAAUUAUGGCUUUUUUGUUUCAUAAAUAACACAAAAGUGAAUAAAGUUAGUUUGUCUUGCAUAAAUUAUACAAUUCAGUAACACUUCAGAACAAUGGAUUUUGAAUGGAUUUUUGAUUUUUUCUAUUUUGUUUUCACACUGUACAUAAUCUCUCACUACAUCACGAUGCUCAACAACAAAAUGGAAUUUGCAUAAAUAAAGAUGAACCUGGGAUUUGAGAAUCUUAUAACACUUGUGAUGAAACCUCUGUACAUUGUAAAAUAAUUUAAUGUGUAUUCAUCUGAGGUCACAUGAAGUAACAUGUUUAUUGCUUGUUGAACUUUCAUCAGUAUUAGUUAAUGUUUUUCUAAAAUGAUAUGACUGAUGUAAUAAAGGCCUGAUUUACAACAGA